AUGGCCGAUAAAUCAAGCCUCCUUCCGCCCAGCGAGGGCGACUUCGGCAUCGCUACUCCAUCUGGUCUCACCCCAGGAACGCGCUCAGAAGCCGAAGAAGCAUUCGCCCUCAACGCCACCGCGCAAACCGACUCUGCCGCGCCCGACCCUUCCCUCACCGAAGCCCAAAUCGCAUACCGCCGCCCCGGAAUCCCACGCGCCAGCUCAUACAACUACGAGAAUGCCCUGCGCCGCACCCAACAGUCCUCCGUAUCCUCGGAUAUGUCGGCUGAUACCAUCACCGACGGCUCAAACGAGGGCAUCCAGUUCCCUCAGCCGGGUCAGGGUGUUGUGCCGUUGAACUACGGAAGUCCGGUUGGUGUGUCGUCCAAGGACGAUUCAGUCAAGAAGACGAGGUCAAGGGGUCUGAGUCUGGGGGCGUUGGCGAGGCAGCAGAGUUGGAACGAGGAGGACUACAAGCAUGUGUAUAGUGCGAAGCUGGCAGAGGAGACGAAGAUCGAUGGUGGGUACGGAAGCGGCACGGAUAAUAAGGCCCAGGGUCCUUAG